GUGUCUAUUCGUGUUUAUUUCUACAUGUGUACUGAUUUAUGGCAUAUUUUAGUGUAUUUCUUGUUUUAUUUCGGUCAUACACUGAAAUGUUUUUUGUGAAUAAUGACAAUGGGGAUUAUAUACUAGGGGGUUGGGCUUUGUAUUUUUGAAUUUCAGGCACCACUGGGAAGCACUUACGAAGUCCAAUCAGCGGAGACAGGGGGCAGGCUGAAAUUGUAGGCCUUUAUAAACCCGCGUCCCGAUAUGUGCUACACUUCAAACCAGAAGACUUAACCAUGGCAAGAACAAAGCAAACUGCUCGCAAAUCCACCGGAGGGAAAGCUCCGAGGAAGCAGCUUGCUACCAAGGCUGCCCGUAAAAGCGCACCAGCUACCGGUGGCGUGAAGAAGCCUCAUCGUUACAGGCCUGGUACCGUGGCUCUGAGAGAGAUCCGUCGUUAUCAGAAGUCCACUGAGCUGCUGAUCCGCAAGCUGCCCUUCCAGCGUCUGGUCAGAGAGAUCGCUCAGGACUUCAAGACCGAUCUGCGCUUCCAGAGCUCUGCCGUCAUGGCUCUUCAGGAGGCCAGCGAGGCUUACCUGGUCGGUCUGUUCGAGGACACUAACCUGUGUGCCAUCCACGCCAAGAGAGUCACCAUCAUGCCCAAAGACAUCCAGCUAGCCCGUCGUAUUCGUGGGGAGCGUGCUUAAGUUUAUUCUCCCUCCAGAAAUCAAAAGGCUCUUUUAAGAGCCACCAAACUGUCGAUGAAAGCUCUAUUCUGUUUUUCUGUUUAGUUGUAAAGGGUUUAAUACACCAUACUCAUUUAUUUCUGCAUAGAUUCCGUGACAUUUCAAAACGGGCACUUAUAUGAACAUUUCCUGUAACUAAAAGGAAAAUUGUGAUCACACGUUAAUAUAAAACUCAUCCAUGGGGGGGGGCGUGCUUACAUUAAUCCCAACCAUUUCAAAUAUUGCCACCUGCGUAGAAAUUUGUAAAAUUACUUAAACACUAUAAAUCUGUCUACAUUUGGAACACUCCCCCACAAAUUCAUCUUGUAGUGCCAUAUCAACUAUUAUCAUUUUAAGCAAGUCGUUACCACCAGCCUAUGCUAUGCACUAUUAGUGUGUGUUAACACAAAUCUUUACAUAAACUGAGUUUAAAAAAAAAAAGCAUUGCAAUGACUUUUCCAAGAAAAAUGCCCUUUUAAAAGCCACCCACGUUGAGUUGGAACGCCUUAUGAUAUCCCGUUUCGAAAGCCUUUUACCUAAGCCUAAGACAUUUUUAGACCAUUUAGAGUGAUACCUCUUUUCU